AAGGAUUUUCCCCAAAUCCUCAACUUCCCCAAUCCUUCGCAUCGACAACUUCUCUACACAUCCCCCAAUCAAUCAUCGAAAAUGGCCACCACUGCGAUGGACUACGAAAACGCCAACGGCGAUCGCUUCGAUGAGGACGCCCCUCGCUACGACCGCGACCGUAGUGCGUCGCCGCGUCGCGAUGAUGGCCACGACUCUUCGCGUCGUCGCUCCAUGUCUCCCAACGGCAACGACCGUGCUCCUGCCAAGGACGAGGGUCAGUCCAAGGGAGGUGAGGAGGAUGGUGCUCGCAACCCUGGCUCCAACCUUUUUGUCACCGGCAUUCACCCCAGACUGGAGGAGGCCGAGGUUACGCGCCUCUUCGAGAAGUACGGCGAGGUUGAGAAGUGCCAGAUCAUGAAGGACCCCCACACCGGCGAGUCUCGUGGUUUCGGUUUCGUCAAGAUGAUGACUCCUGAGCAGGCCAGUGCUGCCAAGGAGGGCCUGCAGGGCGAGGUUAUUGAGGGCAGAACUCUCAGCAUCGAGAUGGCUCGUCGCGCUCGUCCCCGUACCCCUACUCCUGGCAAGUACUUCGGUCCUCCCAAGAGAGGCGAAGGCCGCUUUGAUGACCGCAACGGUCGUCGCGGUGGCGGUUUUGGCGGCGGCUAUGGCGGUGGUCGUGAUGACUCUUACCGUGGCUACCGUGGCGGUGGUUACCGUGAUGACCGUGGCUACGACCGUGGCUACGACAGAGGCUAUGACCGCAGCGGCGGUUAUGGCGGCGGCGACCGUGGCUAUGAGCGCAACAGCUACCGUGAGGACCGUGGCUACGACCGCAGCUACCGUGGUGAGGACCGCGGCUAUGAUCGUCGUGAGCGUGGUGGCGCUGAUGAGGCCUAUGGCCGCGGUGGCGACCGUUACCGUGAUGAUCGUGGCGGCGAGCGCUAUGGUGGCAGCGGCCGCGGUGGUCCUGAUGAGCGCCGUGCUCCCGGUUACGACCGUGAUCGCGGCUACGAUCGUCCCAGCGACCGUGAUGCCCGUCCUCCUCGCGACGCUGCCCCCGGCACCAGCAGCUACGGCGAGCCGGCUCCUCGUGAGGCUCGCGAGCCCUACGGUACAUAUUCGAACAUCUGAAUCUUGCUUGUGGUGAAUGCCUGCUGACUUGAACAGGUACCCGCUAGGAUCACGGUAUCUAGGUUCCACAAUCUGAUUAACACCAGGAGGCUCUGUCCUUCCAGCUUCAUCGGCAGCACAGUUUUCCUUUAGCUUGUUUCUUUCUUUUCGCUCUUGGCAUGGAAACAAAAUCGGAUAUCCUAAAAUUCGUCGGCUGGAGUUACGGCAGAUAUUUGGAGGGUAAUUGGCCCUGUCCCGGCGGUUCGCCUUGCACCAGAA